GCAGGCUGGCAGAGGCAGCAGGGCUGCGACUUAUCGACAUCAUCAACCUGGAGACGCUUUACAAUGACACCAGAAGCCCUCAGACGCUGCGUCUGCUGGCCGACAUCUGUCCCUCCGCCCUGCACCUCCACCCCGACCCUCGCUGCGACGCCGCUGCGCCACCAGCAGCAGCAGCGGGUGCAGGUGCCCCCUGCUGCGUGGCGGGUGACGUGAGCCAGCUGCACCUCUCCAACUCGGCGCGCGACCUCAUGAGUCAGUGCAGCCGAUGGCAUGACGCAUGUUGCUCAUGUCAUGAUGCAUGUUGCUCAUGUCAUGGUACGUGGUGCUGCUGCCCUGUGCCAUGCUCCUUCGUUGCACAUGCCACGCACCCAUGUCUCAUUCGUCCACGCUCUCCUCUCCCUGCUCUCCUCUCCCUGCUCUCCUCUCCCUGCUCUCCUCUCCCCUGCUCUCCUCUCCCCCGUUCUCCUCUCCCCCGUUCUCCUCUCCCCUGUUCUCCUCUCCCCUGUUCUCCUCUCCCCCGUUCUCCUCUCCCCCGCUUGCCUCUCCCCCGCUCGCCUCUCCCAGGUGCCUCACCUGUGAUGUCGAUCACAUUUGGCUCAACACGUGCUCGCUCUCAUGCCUCCCACCGCUCUCAUGCCUCCCACCGCUCUCAUGCAUCCCACCGCUCUCAUGCCUCCCACCGCUCUCAUGCCUCCCACCGCUCUCAUGCCUCCCACGGCUCUCAUGCCUCCCACCGCUCUCAUGCCUCCCACCGCUCUCAUGCCUCCCACCGCUCUCAUGCCUCCCACCGCUCUCAUGCCUCCCACCGCUCUCAUGCCUCCCACCGCUCUCCUGCCUCCCACCGCUCUCCUGCCUCCCACUGCUCUCAUCCCUCCCACCGCUCUCAUGCCUCCCACCGCUCUCAUGCAUCCCACCGCUCUCAUGCCUCCCACCGCUCUCAUGCCUCCCACCGCUCUCCUGCCUCCCACCGCUCUCCUGCCUCCCACUGCUCUCAUGCCUCCUACCGCUCUCAUGCCUCCCACCGCUCUCAUGCCUCCCACCGCUCUCAUGCCUCCCACCGCUCUCAUGCCCCCCACCGCUCUCAUGCCUCCCAUCGCUCUCAUGCCUCCAACCGCUCUCAUGCCUCCCACCGCUCUCCUGCCUCCCACCGCUCUCAUGCCUCCCACCGCUCUCAUGCCUCCCACCGCUCUCAUGCCUCCCACCGCUCUCAUGCCUCCCACCGCUCUCAUGCCUCCCACCGCUCUCAUGCCUCCCACCGCUCUCAUGCCUCCCACCGCUCUCAUGCCUCCCACCGCUCUCAUGCCUCCCACCGCUCUCCUGCCUCCCACCGCUCUCCUGCCUCCCACUGCUCUCAUGCCUCCCACCGCUCUCAUGCCUCCCACCGCUCUCAUGCCUCCCACCGCUCUCAUGCCUCCCACCGCUCUCAUGCCCCCCACCGCUCUCAUGCCUCCCAUCGCUCUCAUGCCUCCAACCGCUCUCAUGCCUCCCACCGCUCUCCUGCCUCCCACCGCUCUCAUGCCUCCCACCGCUCUCAUGCCUCCCACCGCUCUCAUGCCUCCCACCGCUCUCAUGCCUCCCACCGCUCUCAUGCCUCCCACCGCUCUCAUGCCUGCCUCCCACCGCUCUCAUGCCUGCCUCCCACCGCUCUCAUGCCUCCCACCGCUCACAUGCCUCCCACCGCUCUCCUGCCUCCCACCGCUCUCAUGCCUCCCACGGCUCUCAUGCCUCCCACCACUCUCAUGCCUCCCACCGCUCUCCUGCCUCCCACCGCUCUCCUGCCUCCCACCGCUCUCAUGCAUCCCACCGCUCUCAUGCCUCCCACCGCUCUCAUGCCUCCCACCGCUCUCAUGCCUCCCACGGCUCUCAUGCCUCCCACCGCUCUCAUGCCUCCCACCGCUCUCCUGCCUCCCACCGCUCUCAUGCCUCCCACCGCUCUCAUGCCUCCCACCGCUCUCAUGCCUCCCACCGCUCUCAUGCCUCCCACCACUCUCAUGCCUCCCACCGCUCUCAUGCCUCCCACCGCUCUCAUGCCUCCCACCGCUCUCCUGCCUCCCACUGCUCUCAUGCCUCCCACCGCUCUCAUGCCUCCCACCGCUCUCAUGCCUCCCACCGCUCUCAUGCCUCCCACUGCUCUCAUGCCUCCCACCGCUCUCCUGCCCUCCGCCCCUCUGCAGGUCUCUUCGCCGUCUUCAUCUUCUCCAAGCCGCUGCCUGCUUCCCUCUUGCCCCCGCCACCCUCCUGUGCUGGCGUAGCAGGAAAGGCUGCUCCGAGUGUGGCAGAGGCCCCGUUGCAUGCAGCAGUGCCCACCAGUCAAGGGGGCGAGCAGGUGAGUGUUGAUGCAGGUGGGGCGAGGGGUGUGGGACAGAGGGGGCCUGCGCCACCACAGCCUUCACCUGUGCCACAGCAGCAGCAGAAGCAGCAGCAGCAGCAGCAGCAGCAGCCCAUUUCCAGCCUUGCUGGCCGAUCCCCAUUCACCUCAGCGCCCCCUGCACCAACGAGCAAUCGUGCUGCUGUGGCGCCAUCCCAAGUGCACGGUGGGCUGCCUGGCGCACCUUCACCCACCCCUCAGGCAGCGGGGAUGGCAGCAGGCAGAACGGCGGAAGGGCAUGGUGAGAGGGAGGGGCAGAUGGCCAAGGAGGAGCGAGGGGAGUGGGGAGGGGAGAGCAGAGGGGGAGAGGGGAGUGGAGCUGGUGGGGAAGAUAUGGGUGGCAGGGGGGAGCGGCAGGAGCAGGCAGGCGAACGAGCCAAGUAUAGGGACAAAACCGACGGUGGUAUAGGCAGGAAGGCGGUGAGUGAGGAGGGGCGGGUGCAUGGCAGUGCAGUGAAACCAGAAGCAGGUGGAGCGGCAAGUGGGGCGGCAGGUGUGGCAGCGGGGGCGCAGGGGGUGCAGGGGGUGCAGGAGCGCAGCGCAUGGGACAUGGAGGCGGGGUCGGACGAUGACCUCGAGCCCUGGGCUCUCGCCGGCCCUCGCCCCUCCCUCCCCCCUGGCCCAACCCCUGCCCACUCUGCCCCCUCGGUCUGCCCGCCUGCUGCUCAGCUGCUUCCCACUGGUGGUAGCCUGAGCGGCAGUGGGGGAGGGGAAGAGCCGGGUGCUGCGACGCACAGGGAGAGGGAUGAUGAGAGGGAGCAGGGGAUGGUGAGGGAUGAGGGUGGCCGUGGUGCGGAUGGGUAUGCGCGCCGCCCAGGCCAUGGACUGGGGCAGCAGCAGCUGCAGCAGCAUCCACACCGCAAUGCUGAGAGCCACCGGGAGCGCCAUAGGCAUGAGCAGAGUGGGUGGGACGAGGAGGGGGGUGGGAAAGAUGGGCGUGACGAGGUCAAGAUCCACCCUUGCCAUGAUGACCCUCGGCACAAUCAGCAGCUGCACCCCUCCCACCAUGCACACCCCUCUGCGCCUUCUCACCACCCCCACCACCGCCACCACCACCACCACCACCACCACCACCAUAACCACCACCCACAUGUCUCCCCACAUGCAGCAGCGCACAGCUGCGACCCUCACAUGCCGUCCCAGUCGGACCUGGCAGAGGGGGUGCCGGAUGGAGCACUGGAGCGGAGGGGCAGUGUGGGCGGGGUGGCGGUGGAGGGGGGGGAGGGCGAGGAGGGUGCGGUGCGGUGGACGGCGCAGGGGAAGCGCGAGAGGAGCCGCAGGAAGCCGCGCGGGCUGGCCAUGGAGGACAUCCUGCGCCGCACCGCCAUCAUUGCGGCGCGCGGCCUGGAGGUGCGGGAGAGGUCAGGUGGGGAGGACGAUAGUGGAGGUUGGGAAGGCAAGCGGAGAGGGGAGGUGGACGAGUGGGAGGAAUGGCACCGGCAGCAGAUGGCAGCUGGAGUGUAUGCCGGGCAGAGCAGGGCAGGGGUGCACGGCAGUGCGGGCCCUGCGAGGCAUGACGCAGCCUCUCCUGUAGUGGGAGCCCUGCAAGUUGUGGAGGCAGAUGCGGGUGGUAGAGGUGAGCACGUGAUGGGCAAGGCAGGGGACGCGAGGAGGACAGGCGCAGUGGCGGCCGGAGUGCACAGUGAGACGGCGCUGGGGGCUUUGGGAGUGUUGGCUCAUGCAGGUCAAGGAGGGGGGCUUCCCAUCGUGCAGUGCGGUGCCCUUGUUGGGCAAGCACGUCCGAUUGGUAUAGUGGACAGAGAGCCUAUCAUAACAUACUCACUGAAGAGAAGUCGCAAAUCACUCAACAAGGAGCACCUGGGAAACUAGGGCAGACUCUGAUGCUAGUCUUCUAGUGUGCCUAGCCUCGACAUUUUGUUAUGAGUAUUGUUGGGCUGAGAAAAGGCCUAAGGACCUUUUCAGAGACUAAGUCCCACUUGUACAAAACGCUUGAGUAGUGCAGCGGAAGUGUUGAGUAGUUGAACCCUUGCACUAGUAUG